AUGAGCCGUAACAUAGGGAAGAGGACGAAGGAAGGGCUGAGGUUGAACUUGACUAGGGAAGGACCAUCCAGAACGGCCGCGAGGCAGGAGCCAUCACCAAAGCGGUCUUCUACUUCAUCUUCGUCGCCGCCAAGCUCUUGCGUGUCGUCAGAGAAUGAACAGAAGCAAGUGGAGAGCCCAGAAGCCAAAUCUAUGGUACUUGCCGGUUGCCCUCGGUGCCUCAUAUAUGUCAUGCUCUCAGAGGAGGAUCCCAAGUGCCCCAAUUGCAAGAGUGCAGUCUUACUUGACUUUCGCCAUGGAAACAACAUGGGCAAGACUAGCUAGUGCUAGAUGAUCCAAUGCUUGCGAUCUUUUUUUCUCCUGCUAGACUAUAG